AUUGGCCCCUUCGAAAUAGGCGGCAGCGCUGGGCGGCGAACUGCGGCGGCGGCGGUUGGGAAUGCUCGCACGCACGCACAGAUUGAGCCGGAGGCGCCCCGCAGGGAGAAGUGACUGCGCUCCCGGGCUGGUGGAGAAUGCCCUGCGUAGAGUUGGCGCUGUGCGCGAGAGGUCUGUGAUGGAGCCCAGGGGAACAGAUUUCAAGACCAGAGCUUUGGCGCCAACUGCUGUUCCUCUUGUUUUUGACAAAUCAUCACAGAAAGAGUAACAGUUUCACGCAGUGGAGAUACAUGACCAUGCAGCCUGCAAUUCAGGUCUGGUUUGGGGAGGACCUACCUCUGAGUCCCAGGUGUCCCCUGACUCCCAGACAUGGACCAGGACUGGCUGAUGUUUGCCAGUAUGACGAGUGGGUAGCCGUGAGGCACGAAGCCAGUCUGCUGCCCAUGAAAGAAGAUCUCUCCAUUUGGCUGUCUGGCCUACUAGGUAUUGACAUUAAGGCCGAAAGGUUAUUGGAAGAACUUGACAAUGGAGUGCUGUUGUGUCAAUUAAUCAACGUUCUUCAAAAUAUGGUAAAAGCACGCCACUCCGAAGAACCAGGGAACUUUCCGAUGAGAAAAGUGCCUUGUAAGAAAGAUGCCGCGUCAGGAUCGUUCUUCGCCAGAGACAACACGGCAAACUUCCUCCACUGGUGCCGGCACGUCGGCGUUGACGAGACAUACCUCUUUGAGUCUGAGGGUCUGGUUUUACAUAAAGACCCCAGGCAGGUGUACCUUUGUCUUCUUGAGAUUGGUCGAAUUGUGUCAAGAUAUGGAGUUGAGCCACCAGUAUUAGUGAAACUUGAGAAAGAAAUUGAGUUGGAAGAGACCCUGCUUAAUGCCUCGGGCCUUGAGGAGCCCAUCAACACCCCCAAAUCCUGCCGUCAUCAUGAAGAGCUACACGAAGCUGUUAAACACAUUGCCGAGGACCCUCCUUGUAGCUGUUCUCAUCGAUUUUCUAUUGAAUACUUAUCUGAGGGGCGUUACCGGCUCGGGGAGAAAAUACUCUUCAUAAGGAUGCUUCACGGAAAACAUGUUAUGGUCCGUGUUGGUGGAGGCUGGGACACUCUGCAAGGAUUUUUGCUGAAAUACGACCCCUGUCGAAUACUGCAGUUUGCUACAUUAGAACAAAAAAUCUUAGCGUUUCAAAAAGGAGUCUCUAAUGAAAGUGUGCCAGAUUCUGCUGCCAGAACGCCUCAGCCUCCAGAAAUGAACCCUUUGUCAGCAGUUAACAUGUUUCAGAAACAGAAUUUAAAGCCUGGCACACCAGCGAGUGCUCCAAAGAGCAAGGAGAGGCAGGCGCGCCCACCAGGUGCGGUGCCUGCUGCUGCACCAACGAAAGGCGGUCUGGCUCCUCUGUCCACCCGCUCUAAACUUCCGGAUUCUCCAGCAUCGUUUUCCCACCCCAAGGUCACAUCUUCGAAAGGCAGAGCAAAAACCCCGCACACUGCUCCCCACGGUGUGUCUUCUCCGGCGACUUCUUCAAACUCAGGGAGUAACAGCUCUACACCAGCUUCCUCAAGCUCUGCUCCAUGUGCGCCUGCGUCGGUGAGAAAAUGUGUCACGUUCCCCAAGACUGCUACGACCGUGGCUGCCCCAGUCCAGAAUGCAGGAGAUCUCUCUAGGUCUAGACCUCUGCCGACUACGUCUUCUGGGAAGAUGAAACCAAAGCCUUUGAAACACAAUCAUCUUUCUUCCCGGGAGGAGUCACCUGUACCUUUAUCAUCAAAGUGUCCAAAGCUACCUAAGGGAACCAUGCACAGGGGGCCUAGCCCUUCGCCUUUCCAGUCCCCUGCAAGAGUGACAACGCCCGGUUCUAAAGCCAGAGCCGGAGGUCUGGGGACACAGUCUCAGCCGCCUGGAAGACCUCUGAAGUCCAGGGCAAUCUCAGCACCAAGACUUCAUCAUCCAGCUUCUUCAUGUUCGGUGUCCUCUGCAAAAGCUACCAAGGAACCAAAAGGUGAGAAUAUCGUUUCAGUUGCUAGAAAGCAACCACAGAGUAAGGGUACCUGCCAGAAGACAGGACCCGGCUCUCCUGGCCGAACCCCGCUGUCCAUUGUGAGUGUCCCCCAGUCCUCUGCCAAGACAGAAACUGGCUCAAAGUCAGCACAGACCGCCACGCAGGGCCAGUACUCAGCUAAAGGGCCUCCCAAAAGUGGCAUGCCACCCCCUUCCACCAGGAAGCCACCCUCAUCUGCUAAGGGAGCAGCCAGCGGAGAUAAAAAGCCUCCUGCCAAGAAAAAGGAAGACGAUGACCAUUAUUUUGUUAUGACCGGAAGUAAGAAACUCAGAAAAUAAACGCAUUGGUAUCACUUUAACAAACCAGGGUGGCCGCACAGAAUGGGAAUCAGCUCCGUCAGGAUCACAAAGGGUCUCCCUAUGUGCCUUUGUCGGGAUAGCUGCAGACAUGAGGUCAAGAUGGGGAUGAAGGCGGGAACAGAGCUGGGCCGAGGAGAGGACUCACAAGUGUUUUGUAUAUUAAUAGGCAAAUUAUGGGUUUUAAUCUGUACCAUCUUGUUAGCAUCUGCAGUUUGAGGGAAAUGUAAAAGUUGAACAACACUAAUAGAAUUGUAGCUGUCAUCCUUGUAUCUUUGAGUGGGUAGUAACCAUGGAGACUGUCUGCUACUAGCAACUAAUGCACUGAACACUAGUUACUGUGUUCAGUCAUACAGCAAUGGUUUGCUUGGCAUUAGCGUGUGCCUACAAUCCCAACUCUGAAGGCUGAGGCGGGACACCUGCCCGGGGUACAUAGUAAAACCCAGCAACGGUUUGACAUGUGCUGUAAAAGGCAUCGAAGUUGAUUUUCUUAUAGGAAUCCUAGCCCAACAAUCCUAAGUACCUAUGGCUGCUGCUGCUUGGUUUGAUAUUAUGGAUUAAGUGAAAUUCUUAUUAUUUAAUUCUGUAACCCUUCCAUAUCAGAAGGGACUUUUAAAAUUAAAAUUGGCCUUUUAUUAAUAUUAAUAGCAUUUUAUAAUCAAUAUUUUUGGUAAAAAAAAAAAAAGAAAAGAAAGAAAAAGAAAACCCGCUGGGUGAUUGUGGUGCACACCUUUAAUCCCAGCACUCGGGAGGCAGAGGCAGGUGGAUCUCAGUGAGUUCGAGGCCAGCCUGGUCUAUGUAGUAAGUUCCAGGACAGCCAGAGCGGCACAGAGAAACCCUGUCUUGAAGAAGAAGAAAAAAAAAAAAAAAAAACCCAAGUAAGUUAAUUUCUUGGAACAAAACCUGAGAUUUAGUAAAAAGUAAGAUUUUUUUUUAAAAUGUAACAACGUAUACACUUUGUAUCUAUUAUUUUUACAUGAAAUCUGCAGGGAAACAAAUUUAAUAUCUUUUAGCAUAUUAAACUAUUUUUAAAAACAAAUAGACAUUUCCUAUGUGUGCAGACAAGUAUUUUUACAUUAAAACAAUGUUUUGAUACCAGAAUUAAGUUUCAGUGAUCUUAGCACUAAAAUGAUAAGAGUUGGGGGAGGAGGCUCCACGGGUAAAAUACUCUUCGUGCCCGCGUGAGGACUGGAGUUCGGAUUCCCAGCACCGGCAUAGGAAUGGGUGGGCAGGAGGUUUGCCUGCAGUCCCUGCACGGAGGAGGAAGAGACGGGGUCUCCUGGGACAAGAGAGAUGCGAUGGCCCCACAGGCAGACCUAGCUUGUGACGCAGUAGAGUCUACAACCUCACACCAUCAUCUUUGUGUUGGGUGAUCAAGAGUAAAGAUAUCGUCCAGGAACCUGGCACAAGUUCUAGAAUUAACUUUAGGUUUAUUAUUUGGAAAAUAAAGUGUAUUAGUCUAUCCUUCAGCAGAAGGGAAUUUCUCCAGUUACAGUCACAGGAUCAGUUUCUGUCUGUGGAGCUUCUUUUCCCCAAACAUUCGUUUUAUGUGAAUAAGAAAUUAAAUUCCAUGGGACUAGAGAGAUGGCUCAGCAAUUAAGAACACUUGUUAUUCUUGCAGCGCAUCCAAGUUUGAUUUCUAGCACCCACACAGGGCCUCACAGUCAUCCAGACUCCAGACCUUCUGCUUCAGGGUAUCUAAUGUCUUCUGGCCUCCACAGGCACCAGGCAUGCAGAUAAAACAUAUAUGGGAUAAAUAACUAAAUCUAAAAAGCCUUUCCUUCCUCACAAGUUAAAAAAAAAUUAUUCAGAUAUAUUUUGAAAUUUUCUAAAGAGCUGAUGAAUCUCUGCCACAAUUUAAAAAAAAUUAUAUUGCAGUUGUAUUAAUUUCUUUUUAGUAAUAGUAUGACAUUACAUAAGGUCUUUUAUGUUUAAUAUUUGAUAAAGCAAAUAUUAAGCAUAAAGUGCUGAAGUACCUGGAAGAUAUAGUGUGUGGUCUCUGAAAAAUAGAUUGUUUUUCUCUUCUAUAAUUUAUGAAUGUGUCGUUAUAUAAAAUGAUUGUUUUUCCAUUGGCCCUCAAGGGAGGAAUUUGGAGAGCGAGCCUUCAGAAUGCUUGCAGUAAUUAAUGACCUUGGAGUAUCAUCCACAUUGUUUUGUUUUUCCAAGACAAUGUCUUCUUGUAUAGCCAUGCCUUGCCUGGCAUACUCUAUAUAGCCCAGUCUGGCCUUGGGCUCAAAGCAAUCCUCCUGCCUCAGCCUCCUGAGUACUGGGUUUGCAGAUUUGAGCCACCACACUCUGCCUGAGUUUGUAGUUCUUAAUGGAUAGAGGAAUAGUUUGAAGAAAAUAAUUUCUCCUGCAGCCAUUUUGUGUGUCUAAUUUAAAAUCUGUUACUUCCUCAAAAGGAGCUAAUAAAGGUUAUGACGUAUUCUUACACCCAAGCUUCAUACCAACUCUAUGUGAGUUCGGAUUUGUAUAUAUUCUGUUUUGUGUGUGUACGUGUUUGUGUGCCAGCAGUAUUUAUAUCCAAUUUAACUUAUUUUUAUCAAGUAUUAAAAUGUAAACAUAAACCCUAGUCUCCGUUUGUGGUUUUUUGUUUUGUUUUUUUAGUUGUAUUCUGAAUCCAUUUUGUUUAUUUGACCCAUGUUGGAAAUUGCAUAUAUAAAACUCGUAAACUGAGAAGAGGUUGAAAUCUUAGGUUACUUUAAAUGUUUUUAUUGCUUUGCUCCUAGAUGUUUGCUUCAAAGAGACCAGAUUCGUGGUUAAUCAUCUCUGCGAUAAUAGCAGUUGUCAGUUAUUACAGUCACAUUCUGUCGGUCACGUGAACACUGUGUCCACAGGAGGCUGUGAUUGCAGGUCCCCUCGCCCCGUAUCAGUUUCAUUCUUUGAUGCAACGUGAAUGUAUUUGACAUUUUUGUCUUUUUAUGUCUUUUCUUUUUUUUAAUGACCAAAGCAAUUGUAAAAAUCAGUUAAUCUAGUAUGUUUUUCUGUGCUGUUUCCAAGAAUGAAAUCCAAAAUCACAAACGAAGUUUUAUGUUUUCCUAGUUUUUUAUAAAUGUAAAAAGUUUAAACAAAUUCAUUUUAUGACAUUUUAGAAAACAUUGGGAACACUUAAGCCUUUCUGGGUGCGUCUGAAAAUACAAGUUUUAUUAAGUAGUUUUGCAGUAUCUAUACUGUUUUUGUAAAAAGCCACAGUCUUGAAGAAAUAAUACAAAGAGAGUGUAUUUCUGUCUUUUUACGUUUAGAUGGCAGCAGUUCAAGUAGUGGUUACAGGUUGCCUUACUACACACCUAUUAAUUCACCUCCGUGGCCUGUCUUUUAU